AUGACUAACGAGAGCAAAGUCGACGUACUCGUAGUUGGCGCCGGCCCUGCUGGGCUGAUGGCGGCAGCAUGGAUGGCUCACUGUGGCGUAAAUGCUCGUAUCAUCGACAAAAGAAAUACCAAGAUCUUUUGUGGUCAGGCUGAUGGCCUGCAGUGUCGAAGUCUAGAGAUCUUCGACAGUCUCGGCUUUGCAGACCGUGUGUGGAAAGAAGCUAACCAUAUGAUUGAGAAUCCUGGCCCGGACGGUAUUAUUCGUCGGUCUGAUCGUAUUCCCGACACGAUCGUUGGUCUUUCGCGUUUUCAACAGGUUGUUGUACAGCAAGGUCGCAUCGAGCGUUUCUUUCUCGACAACAUCAAGAAGUACUCUAAAGAUCAGAUAAAGGUUGAGCGUGCUAUUUUGCCAGAGACCAUUGAGAUCGACAAAUCCAACAUUGAGAGUACUGAAGGCUAUCCAGUCACAGUCAAGAUUCGCCAUCUCACUGAAGAAGAAGCGACACCUCCCCAACAAGCCACCGCCAGCAAAACUCAAGCUUCGGAUGGCCUUUUCAGAAGUAACUUGGUAUUUGACGAUGAAGUUGACAAUGACAGUGCUCUUCGUCAGGCUCAAGAUCGUGACGCUGUCACUGAGACAAUCCAUGCCAAAUAUGUCAUCGGCUGCGAUGGAGCACGAAGCUGGGUUCGGAGCCAGAUUGGAUUAGAGUUGCAGGGCGAGGCAAGCGAUUUUAUCUGGGGUGUCAUGGAUAUCAUUCCCAAGACUGACUUUCCCGACAUUCGCAUGCGAUGCGCAAUUCAUUCGGCCGAGAAUGGGAGUCUUAUGGUCAUCCCCAGAGAAAACAAGCUUGUUCGGCUGUACAUCCAGUUGAAGGAAGUAACUCCGGACGCUUCAGGCCGUGCAGAUCGAUCAAAGAUCAGUCCCGACAUCAUCUUCAAAGCUGCGCAGAAGAUUGUCCAUCCUUAUAAGCUGGAUUAUGAGUAUUGUGAUUGGUGGACUGCUUAUCAGAUUGGUCAACGCGUUGGCACCGCCUUUGACUCUCAUGAGCGAAUCUUUCUCGCAGGUGAUGCUGUACACACCCACUCGCCAAAGGCUGGACAAGGCAUGAAUGUCUCCAUGCAGGAUUCGUACAAUCUGGGAUGGAAGAUUGCUCUUGUCGUCAAGGGUAUCGCCAAGCCAGAUAUCCUCAAGACAUAUCAAAGCGAAAGACGUCGCGUGGCCCAAGACCUCAUUGAGUUUGACCAUCGCUUUAGUCGCUUAUUCUCUGGUCGCCCAGCCAAGGAUGUCAUGGACGAAGAGGGUGUCAGCAUGGAAGAGUUUAAAGACGCAUUCGAAAAGGGAAAUAUGUUUGCAUCGGGUCUAUCUGUGAAUUAUGGACCUAGCAACAUUGUUGCUAAAGCAGGUGAUCCAUUGGCUCAGGCGGAUGGUGCUAAGGUGGUUUCGCCUCCUGGAGUCUCUUUGACUCAGGAGACAUUUACGAAAAAGCAGGCGCUUGCUUCUGGCAUCCCAGUUGGAAUGCGCUUCAACAGCUUCAAAGUGCUGAACCAAGCUUGUGCCCGUCCCUAUCACUUCCAGGAACGUUUGAAAGCAGAUGGACGAUUUCGCAUCGUGCUUUUCGCAGGUGACAUUCUUGACCCUGCUCAAAAAGCUCGAGUCGAAGAAUUUUGCAAUCGCCUCGAUCAGCCCAACAGCUUCCUUUACCGAGCCACCCCCGAUGGACAAAAGGUUGAUAGUGUCAUCGAAGUUUUGACCGUCCACUCUUCCAAGCGCUGGGAUACUGACAUCAUUCGGGACUUUCCCUCGAUUCUACGCCCUUGGGAUGAGCAAACUGGCUAUGACUAUGAGAAGGUUCAUGUCGACGAUGUUAGCUACCACGAGGGAUUUGGAAACGCGUAUGAGAACUAUGGAGUUGACAAGACGCGUGGAUGUGUAGUUGCUGUGCGGCCAGAUCAGUAUGUUGGAUGGCUGGGUGGUUUGGAGGACUUUGAUGAUCUAUCGGACUACUUCCAGGGCUGUUUACUGAUGAAGGACUAA